AUGCUCCAAGCCGUUGGUAUAACCGUCUCCCGGACACAGCUCCUCGAACGCUCCGAGCCACUCCGCACCGAGCUGGGCGCCCCGGGUCGCUUCCGGUCCAUCGACGACGAAGGUGAGUACAGGGACCAGAGUUUAAGCUUGGCCGAUACGCCAUUCUGGUGCCCCAAACCAGCACAGAUUCUCGACGACAUUGAGACGUCGGUCGCAUUUGACCCGCGAGCAGCGUGCCGGGAGCCACUAGCACGAUCUCGUCGCGGAACUCUCUCCGAAAAGGCUUCCCUCAAGGUCAAAGUCCCAGAGGAGGACCAGCGACCACCGGUGCGACGAGAGCGCACACGCACCAUAACACGCCGUGGCACCAUCACCGGCACUUUGAAAGAGAUCGUGGUGCCCCUCUACGACGAAGAACUGACCCAGCGACAGGACACCGACGGUCUCCCCAUCACAGCCACACGUGCCGGGUACGAGCUGGCCAAGUACCUGCGCGCGCGCGAGUUUCUCGUCGUGCACGUCUUUCCCUCGCUGGACCGCGUCCUCCCCGACGUGCGCUGCUUCCGCACCGCGACGCUGGUCAAGCUCGUGGCCGGGCUCGUCUAUGCCGCCAUCGCGCUGCUCCGCACUGAUAAUCUGGCCUCGUUUGGAGCCGCCGGCCAGGCUCUGGGGGAAGGUAAGUUUCAGGCCCUAGCUCGUGGAGACGAGCACAGCCUUGAUGCAGGUCUAGAGAUUCUUGCCGGUCUUCCACGGCUGGACUUGCUCGGUGCCCGGAAAAUGGUCUUUAUUGUAGAUGGCCUAGACACGGCCGUAAGUGACAAGACAAGGGACAAGGUAAAGCGUUUUGAAAAUGUGUUGGCUCGUCUUUGCUCUAGGGAAAGGGCACAUCUAAUUUAUACCCUUAGUGACAGUAUGGUCCAGCUUGGCCAGUAA